GUUCACUGGGCCUGAAGGGAAGGAAAUUCAGCUAUGGUGAACAUAAUCCUAACACUGCUAGCAGCAUCUUUGGCGACAGCUUCGCAGAUGUCAGUAGAAGAGUUCAAAGCUCUCCCAGUUCCUGAAUAUGUUAAAGAUCUAAAGGGGCAGGAGUUUGUGGAUUACAUCAAUAAUAAUCAACCAUUUUACAAGGCAGAGAUCCCAAAAAUGACUUACGAAGAAUUCAAAUCUCGAUUGAUGGCUGUUAGCUUUUUGAAAAAGCCAGAACAAACCGAAAAGGCAGAAGAGCUUGUUCUCGACGAAGAGAUUCCGGAAAGGUUUGAUGCUCGAGAGAAAUGGCCGCAAUGCGACUCCAUCAAGCUAAUUCGAGAUCAAGCUAACUGUGGAUCUUGCUGGGCCGUAUCUGCAGCAUCCGCCAUGUCUGAUCGAGUAUGCAUGCAAUCAAAUGGUGCUAGAAGGACAAUGGUCUCAGACACCGACAUUCUUGCCUGCUGCGGUAUCAGCUGCGGUCUUGGAUGUUAUGGGGGAUUUGUGCUGUCGGCCUGGACAUACGCAAAAAAUAAAGGAGUCUGCUCUGGCGGUCCAUAUAAAGCGACUGAUUGCUGCAAGCCGAACGAGUUCCAUCCUUGCGGUAAGCACAAAGAUCAACCUUACUACGGUGAGUGCCCAGAUGAUGCAAAGACACCAGCUUGCCGUGCCCGAUGUCAAUUCCGCUAUAGAAAAGACUACGAAGGGGACAAGAUCUACGCAUCUAGCUCCUAUUGGGUUAAUGAGAACGAAACGGCUAUACAAAAGGAGAUAAUGGCAAACGGGCCCGUUCAAGCCGCCUUUAGAGUAUACACGGAUUUCAUGUACUAUACCAGCGGCGUUUACAUGUACAAAUGGGGAGAAGAGGCAGGAGGUCACGUCAUCAAGAUAAUUGGAUGGGGUGUGGAGAAUGGGGUCAAAUAUUGGCUAGUAGCCAACUCCUGGAAUUUUGAUUGGGGAGAAGAAGGAUACUUUAAAAUACUUCGUGGAUCUAACGAAUGUGGAAUUGAAGAAGAAGUUGCAGCAGGCAUGAUAAAAGUAUAAUUAUACUACUCUGUUGUGACCUAUCGUAUGGCUUGUUAGAUUAAAUCUGUAUUUUGAAGCAUAAAAAGAAUGCGAAUCGUCUC